AAUAUCAAAUACACAGGCCAGAAUUCUUCACCAAUUUGUUGUUAAGUACAUAAAUUGACUGUUUAGCAUGUCUCUCUUUCCCGCCUAUGGCGAUGGCCAGCCCCCAGCAGCCGGCAGUGCGAAAGAGACGGCGAAACCAGAAGAAGAGGCGCCAGCAAAAAGCGCGAAUUGGAAAAACAACGAGAGUUACGUUCAAAAACAUAUAGAAGAUGUAGAUAUGGCAACUCAGGAAGCCCAACCAGGCAGCUCCUCCAGCAGCGAGGACUCCGAGGAGGAGGCGGACAAGGACAGGAAAGAGGAUGUAACCAAAACCAAGGAAAUGCCCCGGGGUAAACCACUAGAAUUCGAUGCCAGCGAUGAGUUCUAUGUGGACAAGAAGAGCAACAGCGCCUAUAGAAACAUCAGCACCCUGACUAAACCCACGCGACCACGCUACAAAACCCGGAUGGCACGACUACGGGAUGGGAACCACAAGCACCGUGGCUUCUCAAGGGCUGACUCCAAAUUGACCCUGAAGAACAGUCGCUACGUCAGGAAGCAGCUGCCCGCUGAAGCACUCAGCGAGGAGGAGGUGUCCAGGCUGCGGGAGCAGCUCACCCGCAGCAAAGUGCUCGUACAGCGGGAGCCCGAGGUGCUGGACCACUGGCUGGAGCUGCACCGCCUGCUGAAUCUCAAUUUGGACAAGGCCAAUCGACUGGCGGUGGCGGAGCACCAGCUGCACACCCUGGAAACGGCCCUGGAACACCAUCCGUCCAAUCAACAGAUCCUGCGGCUCUACACAGACGUGGCCAACGCCACAUAUCAGGCCAGCGAGGUCGCCGCGCGCUUCGAGAAAAUGCUGAAGAGAAACCCCUUCGAGUACAUACUGUGGACCAACCUAAUAAUGGUCACCCAAGGCAACAUGGCGCGUUGCAGGGUGCCGGCUGUGCUCCGGAUCUACGCGUACAGCAUGCGCCGAAUGCAUGUGGGACACACCGAUGAGAUAACCCGCAGAUUCGAGACGACGGAGACGGAUGUGAUAAUGCUCAAACUGUUCCACAAUUGCCUACUAUUCCUACGCCAAUCGGGCAACAUAAACAGGAUGUUUUCCGUGAUUCGUUUGUCAAUGGAGCUGAAUUUCCCGGGCCUGACGAUGGAUUGCCUAGAGGCAAGUGCCGCCAACGAAGCACCAUUGAUCGAGUUUGAGGAAAUGGUGCUGAGUUCGGGAAUGCCGAUGCCCGAGAUCUGGACGCGAGUGGAGAAGCUCAGACAGGCGUACUGCUACCUGCCGUAUCCAAUCUUGACUGAGUCCGACUCGACUGAAGACUUCAAAGGAGAAUUGGAUACCGAACGAUACAUGUUCAGCGACGAUAUUGUCCCAUAUGCACACGCACUCAAGUCGCCGAACAAUCGGUUGCACCUGCUGCUCGUGGUUGUGCAACUAACCAAGAUGCCCCUGAUUCGCAGCUCUUGUUUGGCAGACAAAUUGAAUCCGUGCAUUGACGAGUUCGGCGAGACCGAGGCCAUUGAAUUGCUAUUCGCUGUCCUAGCAGAUAGGCACUCCUAUGCAGUGCCCGCGUCGAACUAUGCGGACUGUAAUGCGCCCAUGAUCAACUUGGCCAAGGACAUGUCCGUGACUCCCAGCUUCAUGCCGCACUUUGUGGGACAUGACGUGUAUGCGGAUACCGUCAGUAAAUUGAUACUCAAAUGCAGCGAAGCUUUCAGCGGCGAGGAGACCAAGCGACGAGUAUUCGUGAUUCUGUGGUUGCGCUUCCAACGGCUCUUAAUAGUGCUGCACAAGCUCAUGGGCAAGCUAACGACAUCUUAUUUAAAAGACACACGAAAGCGGAUUCGCGACCAGAUCAGUUUGGAGGAGAAUCGGGAUGUGGUACGUUUCUAUACGGAGCUGGCCUUGUGCGAAUUCGAGGGUCAGGAUGAUAAUGACAAUGACAAUGACAAUGACAAAGACAAAGACAAAGACAGCCGUUUCUUUUCCAUAUUUUGGAAGAUCAUCUCCGAGAAAUCGGCCGAAUCCGGCUGCAUCAGCUGUCCGGACAUAAUGCAUCUCUAUUUAGUGUGUGCUGAAUUGCUUAUACAAAAUCGUCGCAAGGAGAGGGCCAUCGAAGUGCUCAUUUCACUGUGUGUGGAAACACAUGUCACCUUAGACGAGACUUCUAUUAGCUCCAAGCAAGUGAUUGUAGAAAGCAUAACGAGCGGAAUGAAGCUGGUAGCUGCGGAACUGAAAGCCCUCAAUACACAGCCAGCUGAGAUGGCUUUGGAAGAGUACUUCAUGCCCAACAAACUGCUCAUCCUUUUGCGUGCUCUCAGUUUGCUCGACACACUGUAUGAUCCGCGCAAUCUGGAGGUUAAAAAGUUCCUCAAUGACCUGCAGCAGAGGGAACUUGGCCCCGAGGCCGCGGAGGCCUGCGAAAGAAGGCGUUUCCUUAGGGAGCAGGUCAUGGAAAUACAGCUACUACAGCUGCAGUUGUCCAUUUCACUAUCUGGCGAUGUUGACAUCUAUUGCGGAUUCAGUGAGAGCAAGCUGGAGGAGCUACUGGAGCGAGGACUCGACGAGUUUCCACGAAAUAUGGUGUUUCUGCAGCACUGGACCAGCUUGAAAACGAUUCUGUGGCACAAGCAGCGGGGCCGCUUCAUACGCACCAAGGCCGGCAUCGCUUCACUGGCGCACUUGGUCAUUGCGGCUCACAGCCGCUUUCAGAGCAUCGAAGGCAAUGAUGCGUUUUCGAAGGACGCCAUACGGGUGGCGGUGCGCAAUCGUUUGAUCAACUUGUUUCAGGCUUACCUUCCGACCAAUUCAAGUCGUUCGGAAACGGAGGAGGAGCAGUAUCGCGUACUGCGCAGGAACUCCAUCUAUUGGCGCUUGUACAUGACAUGCCUAUCCGAUACGAAUGCCACUUUUCAGCGCAGCAGGGACGUCCUGCUGAUGGCCAUUGACGAGUGUCCCUGGGACAAGGCCCUGCUGAUGGAAGGCGGCAAGGUUUUGCCGAACGAAAUGGCAUUCCUACAGGACCUGAUGACCGAAAAGGAAAUACGCAUUUUCGCUGUGCCCGAGGAACUGAACAUCUUGCGGGCCCAGUGAGUCGCGUCAGCUAAAUUUAGUUAUUGCCCGAUGUUUUCUACCAUUCGAGCAACUCGAUAAUUUAGUUCUUUAAAUAUAUUUAUUUUUUAUCAAAA